GCUCUGGGUCAGGAAAUGGUAAAGGGUGGGCAGGUCUCUCCCUUUCAACGUCGUAUUGAUACGUCAACAAAAGAUGAUUCCUCACAAGGCGAUUCUAAAUCUGACGCCAAGUCUUCUAAACCCAACUCAAAAAAUGAUGCUGAGUCUGAUGUGCAGACUUCAAAAAAAACUAAGGUUUCUGAAAAAAAGA